GAGCGCGGCCCGCGCCAGAGCGGGGGCGGGGGGAGGGGAGAAGAGCGCGCACCCGUCCCUGCGCCUCCCCCCGCCUUCCCGUGGCCGCCUCUCCGCCGGCGCGUUAGCGAGCGGGGCAGGCGGGAGCCGCCCCUCUCCCCGGCCCUCUCGCUUCGGGGCCGCCCCUAGCCGAAAAAAGCCGCGUUUUCCCCCGCCGAAGGCUCAGCUCCGCCCGGCGCGGUGCCUAACGGGCGCUCGGCGGGCCGCUCGGCUGGAGGCGGCGCUGUGGUGGCUGGUGGCGAGGCGCCGCCGGGGAGCGCGAAGGGACAGCCGGGCUCCUCGUCCGCGGGAGCUUGAGAGGCGCAGAAGGAGCGAGGCACCUGUUCCGCGUGCCCGGGACGGCCGUUGCCGCGCGCGAGGCGGCGGCGCGUGCCCGGGCCGCAUCAGAGCCCGUUCAGUUGGCGCUGACGCUGGUAUGGGGCCGGCUCCUGUUAAUGCACUCGGAAGAGGACAAAACGCAACAAACAGCUGCAUUAAGAAAGUAACUUUCUACUUUUAAAUGGUCACAGGAAAGAGAAGAUGAAAUAAUCCAGUUUUGACUGAAAUAUCUCUGAUAGGUGAACUGAACUUGAAUUUUCAAGUUACAUUUAAGUCUUACUAUUGAAAGGUUUCCAGUAGUUUUUGAAUUUCGUGUUUCUGAAAAAGUGGAAGAAAAAUUAGUUACAUAUUUCAAUGUCAAGUUUUAACCUGCGGUACAAGAGGGAGACUGAAUGCAAGGUUUAGAAUAGGAGAAUUGCAAAGAGGUUAUAAACAUCAAAUGAUUGUGCAAUGAAAUAAAUUAAAUUCCACUGAAAUAACUGCGGUCUGCAUAGUAGAACAAAAUUAGUUGCAUAAACAGAAGUGUUCCACAUUGCUCAGCUUUUCAGGAAACAGGUGGAGGGAUAAGUUUAUACAGAAGCAUCUGUGAAAAUAACAUCUCUACAUGAAUGCCGUUUACAUUUUUAAUUCAAAAACAAGGAAAUAGUUAGACAUAGCACUAGAAUAUUUCUUCAUUUUCCAUUACACAUUGACCUUUGAACACCUAGGAGACAGUUACUCUUCUUCUUUAUUCUGGCACUUUAAUAUACCUUAAGGCAGUGCUCCUACUAAAGCAAAAGACGUUCUUAUCAGGACUCUGACAGUUAACGGUUUCUCUAAACUGCCUGUUCUGCUGUCUAGUCUCUGCUUUCAUUCCUAUGUUUUCUAGCAAUAGCUUUACCAGUCUCUUCUUGGCCUACUCGUUCCAUGGCAUGUGAUUUCUAAGGAUGUUCACAGAAUGAGAACAUUAAUUAUAUGCUACAGGAUGCUACAGUCUUGACCCUCACCACAUCUGCAAUUGUAGUGUGAAAAAUACCUUUGAACUGAAGUUCCUUGAGAUACCUGAUUGAAUUAGACCUGCUUUGAGCAGUGGGUUGGACUGGAUAACCUCUGGAGGCCCCUUCCAACUUUAAUUAUUCUAUGAUUCCCUGAGGCUGUUGGCUAGGCCACAUCCUGUGAAGCUUACAACGCUAGCCAAGACUUGAUUUUAAGCCACCACAGGCAGCAUUGUCAAAAUACUAUGGAUAAGAACGUUCAAGAACGGUUUACAGGAGUGAUUAAAUUCACACCUCCAUUGUACAAACAACGUUACCAGUUCAUCAAAGACUUAGUGGGGAAAUACAAACCUAAGAAGGUGGCAGACUUAGGAUGUGCUGACUGUACUCUUCUCUGGAUGCUAAAAUUCUGCAGUUGCAUUGAAGUGUUAGCUGGGUUAGAUAUCUGCGAGAAUGUGAUGAAGGAGAAAAUGCAUAGGUUGUCUCCUCUUCCUGGUGAUUAUUUGCAACCUGCUGAAAGAUCUCUAACUGUUACCUUGCAUCAUGGCUCAGUUGCUCAUAAAGAUCCCUGUAUGCUUGGUUUUGACUUGAUAACAUGCAUUGAAUUAAUAGAGCAUCUGGAAGAAUCAGAACUGGAAAAGUUUCCUGAAGUAGUGUUUGGUUUCAUGGCUCCAACCAUGGUUGUGAUUAGUACUCCAAAUUCAGAAUUUAACCCAUUGCUUCCAGGAGUGACAUUUUUCAGACAUCCAGACCACAAAUUUGAAUGGAACCGAGCAGAAUUUCAAAGCUGGGCACUAAGUAUUGCUAGAUGCUACGAUUACUCGGUGGAAUUUACUGGCGUAGGGCCCCCACCCACAGGAAUGGAGGAUGUUGGGUUUUGUACCCAGAUAGGUGUAUUUGUAAGAAAAUAUUCCCAAACCAGUGAAACUGCUCAUUUUGAGAAACCCACCAAAGCAGCUUACAAAACCGUCUUCAAAGCAGUGUAUCCAAGUCUUAAAGAUGAGAAGUACCUGCAGAAUGCAGUGGUCAGUGAAGUUGUUUUCACAGCACAGGUCAUUAAGCGAAGUCUGCUGGACCAUUUAAAAUCAGAACAUGAAGAGUAUAAUGAUAGUCCUGUUGAGAUAAAAUCUAAAUUCCAACAUUCAAAGAACUGUGUUUCGGAAGAUCUUGAAAAACUGGCUGUUGAAAGAAGCAUGGAGCCAUUUGUUAAUGGAAAUGUGGUUUAUAUACCUCUUACAAAAAUCUUUUCUUUUUCCAAAGUGAAUCAACUUUGUGGCACGUUUGAGAAGUUACGUAAGCUAAUUACUGGCAAGGUCACACUGAGCAGUGAUGGUUCUGCUGUGAUGGUCAGUACUGAACAUGAAAAUGAAGAGGAAGAGAAUUAGAUUGCAGAUUUCUCACACAGUUUAAAGUAAUGAAGGUAUUGGUUUUUGUAGCUCUAGCCUGGUGUGUUCUGUAUGCUAACUAGAACUGCAAAAGGCAAUUACCUUCAUAUUUAAACCUUCCAGUAUUUACCCCUUAGCACCUGGUAAAUUAAUGGUUCUGGCAAAGAUCACUAAAACCCGUAGGAUUUUUAGAAUAAGAGUGUCAGGAGUUAAAAACAAAGGAGUUAAUCCCCAUGAAGAAGCAAAAUGUAGUAAUAGUUAUGACUAGAGUCUCCUUGAUAAUCUCUUGUUAGCUUCAAGGAUAGUUGAUGAGAACCCAGAACUACAUUGUUAUGUUGAAUAAUGUGAGUCAGGCAUAGGUUUAGGGCAGAUUUUUUUCUUAAUAGAAUAAAAUUUGCGAAUGCUGCUUCCAAGAUGAGCACAUAGUUAACCUUGGAGAAAACUGAACAGUAUUCCAGAUAAAUUGAAAUAUGUCACAGAUGGUUAAAGGUCAGUAAAUUCAAUAAUGGGGAGAAGCACCAUGACCUUGAAUGUACGCUAGCAGAAACAGCUAGAUUUCCACAAUUAUUUUCUCCAGUUUCUUAACUGCUGCUUAGGAAAUAGCUUGCAUGCUGUAACUCUCCAGAAGCUGAAUUUACUUCAUUUGAAACUGAUAUCUCUGACUAUUCUGUUUUUGAAAAACAUCUGUCAUUAUGAAUGGUAAUCUGGUCCCAGCGUAUCUGAAAAAAUUCUCCCUUUUCAUGUGCAGUUGUUGUCCAAAAGUUCUUGCAGAUGUAUUCAGCAGAAAUAAAAAGCAUAGGUGCUAUGAAAGAGGCUUGGCUCAGCUGGCUGCUUUUCUAAGUAGAGUUGAAUUGUGUAUGUAAAUGCAUAGUAAGCAAAUGUUAGACUAUUGACUUCUGAAGACUGAAAUGUUGAAGAGUGCACAGGACUGGCAUAUUCUUACAGAUGUAAUACAGUUACACACUGCAACUUUUUGAGUUUAUUCUCAUAGCUCAAAUCCAUAAUUUUAAUAUUUUACCCAAGGUAUCUCUUAAGAGUAAAGAGAUGGUUAAUUAAAAGGCCUCACUCCAUAUAUAUUUCACAAUUUCUUUGGCAGCUUUGAAUGAGCAAUGAUUAUAGAAACUGACUUCAUGUUUGUGAAACAUGAAAGUUUCAUGACUUUCCAAAAAUAAGAAGUCUGUGUAAGGGCUGACUCUAUUCUACCUUCUAAAUAUCCAUAAUUUGCUUAAAUUGGUUAAAGUGAAAGACCAGACAUAAAGGGAAAUUUCUCUGAAUUGAGGAAAGGUUAAUCUAUAACAGGCUCAGAGAAAGAAGAAUGAUAUGCAGUGAUCUGUCAUACAGAAUGAUUAAAAAAUGCUCGCUUAAUCCCUUUUGUGGGAUAAUUUUCUCCCACAAUAAAUAGAAAUGGCUUAUUAGAAAUUAAUUUUUAAUACAAUAUUUAGAGGUUUUUUUAAACAUUGUGAUACCAACCUGCCAUACCUUGUAUGUUAAAAUAUAUGUAAAAUUCAAAAUUGGUAAUUAUUCUUUGGACACUAAUAAGCAUAACUGUUUGAGAGUGGGUCCAAUUGCCUCAAUUUCUUCUUAGAAAAUAUCUCCGCUGUUCACUGUAUGGUUUCUAUAAUUAGAAGACUUUUGGACCAUGGUACUACUUACUUCUCGUGUGAUUUCCUCUUGUUUAUGUUUAUUUCGUAUACUUUGUAGCUUGAUCAUUUUAAAGUGAGGAGAAGGAAGGUGGAGGAUUCCAGAUCUGGAAUAUUUGCCUUCAAUUCUGUGUUCAACUAAUAUUUGGUUAAACUUCUACACAUAUUUGUGAAUAAAGGCAGUAUUUAUUGUGUCACAUUUAAACUUUCAGUUUGAAACAGACCAAGGUCAAUCCAGUGUUUCAAAUGAGGAUGCUGAAAGGAAGUAUAUGCAGACUAAAUGUUUUAGCUUGCAUGUGACAAUAUUACUGACCAGGAGAUGGCACACACAUCUCAAAACAGAUCAACCUUAGUUGUUCUAAAUUUUAAAAUCCAAAGUGGAUCUGUUGUUGACUUCCUUUGAUAAAACAUCCUGAAAUAAGAAAUAUUACUCAUUUAUGACUGUCACAGGGAUUUUUUUGAAAAAAGAAUUGAGAAGCUUAAACUACAUGUUCAACUUAUACUUGCUUUGAACUGGCUAGCAAUUUGUAAAAUUACUCUAGGAUUUUGACUUCUGUGUUCUUACAGAAGCAAAACUGUUCUGGGAACUGCAUUUAAUCCCAUAGAAAUCACAGUUGCUUUACAGUUUGAAUUUGGGGCUGGAAAGGAUUUUUGUCUGCUUUGAAUUUCUUGCAUUCAUUCCUUUAGGAAAUGUUAAUGAGGCUGUAUGCUGGUAUGUGAAUUUCUAAUGUGUAGGUGGGGGGGGGAAGAAACAUUGAUUUGGCUGAAAAAAAUUUAUCGGUACAAGCAAUUUGAGUUAUUUUUGCAAUUGUUUGGGUUUAAUUGGGUACAAAAGUGAAUAAAGAGCAUCAGAAGAGAGAUGAGUUUUGGGAAAUAGCCAAACUAUUAGUUUUGAAGAGUUUAAAAGUAGAUAACAGGCCCAGAAGAAGAAAAUGGUUUCAUACACUGUUUGUGGCAUCAGAACCAAAGCAGAGAAUUGGAGAAAGCACAUGGAAUAAAGGUGGACAAGAAAGCCAGUGUGGUAAAAAUACAGUGCAGUAUCUUAAAUAUAAAGGAUAUAACUUGGUAGUUAAUGAGCAAGCCAGUAGGGAUUUAAUAUGAUCAGAAAGGUUCAACAGAAUGAUUUUGUGUGUUUUAGGUGAAGUAAGUUAAGUAAGAAAGUAAUAUAAGUAAAUUUUUAAAAAUAAACCCUCAGAUUAUGCUUAAUAAAACAAAAAAAACCCCAAUUGCAUAACUCAGAGUCCUAUGAAUGCAAUCCUUAAUUUUUGGAGGCCUGGGGAGUUAAUUGUCCAUCUCCCCAGACCUUUCUCAAAUGGAUAGAUAUUAGAGCUAAUAUGAAACUUCUGUUUCAGUUCUUUCUUUCAUGGGCUUCCAUAGUGUUAGGCUCUUUUCCAGGCUUGUUAACAUUAGGUUGCUAAAUGUGAUUUGGAUCAUUCAGUUACAGCUGGAUUAUGUGCAUCUCAUAAUGGUGAGCUGUUGGGAUUCUUUUUCUUUUGAAAGAAUAAUUUUUAUGUGAAGAAUUCAUUGCAUUUUCUUUCUGGUAUACAAAACAAACUGAACCGUUCAUGUUCAGUGCUCUAUUACUGGGAACAUCCCAUAAUAAAAUGCAUUGACACUAGCAUAUAAUUAAAUGAAAAUGCUGGGGAAAUAUUGCUAGCUCAUAAGAGGAGGUGCUAAAAAGACUACAAGCGUAUGAACAAUUUUACUACAUGCAACCCUGAACUUGAGCACAGCUUGUUUGUUUGCUAACUUAUGUUUACAGAUUUCCUUUCUGAUUUUUUUUUACAAGCAUGUUACUUAAUGUUUUCAUCUCUUUAAUUCAGUUUUGUUGCUUGUUUGUUAAUCUAUCCCACAGAAACAUCAAGAAAUAUAUUGAGAAAAUGUUUGCCUUUCUCCUUCUUGUUGGCAGAUCCUGUUGUUUGGCCAUACAGGGAAUUGAGUCAACUCAUUUAUCACAGAAGCUUGCACUGGUUCAAGGAGUAAAGGGAGGAGAGCAGGCAGGAAUGACCAGUUGGGUGGGGAGAAGGCAGAAUUACUUGUUUUGUUUCAAGAAUUAUAGAAAGUCAUUUUUCCUCCGUGCCAAUCUUUGCCUGUAUGUUGUUUUAGUCCCAUGUCAGAAGGUCCACAAAGUGCACCUAAGUGUUCUUUGAUAGCGUCCAGGUUCUGGUGCUUCAUAGCUCUAGCGGUAAAAUAAAAACUCUUAAUCCUUACUGCACAAUGAAUUGAUUAGUGAGCUGAGAGCCAAAACAGUAGUUUGUACUGUAAUUAUCUGCAAUUUUCACCAACCUAGAAUUUUCAAUGGAAGAACAGCUAUUUACUUACUGCAGUACCAAAAAGCUUGUUUAUAUCUGUGUUGAAUGCAAGGGGGUGCACUGAUGAGAAAGGAAGUACACAGACCAUAAGAGUGUGUGUGUGUG